GAUGUUGAGGUGCAAGUGCAGAGACAAGGAACUGAUGCGGCGUCACGUCUUUCAAAAGUUAUAUUCGUACAAUACUGUCCGGAUGAAGCUCCAGUACGAAGACGCAUGUUAUAUGCGUCAUCUGUGCGUGCAUUGAAAGCAAGCUUGGGCCUCGAGAGCUUGAUGCAAGUGCAAGCCAGUGAUCUAUCGGAUAUUGACGAAAAAGCUAUCAAACAUGAGCUGAUGGCUCAUCAACGCAUUUAA